AUGUCGACAGAAGCUCUUGUAUUCAAAGUAAAGCAAUUUUUAGUUAUAUUUUUAGUUUAAUAAUAUUCGGGUUGUUAAUUACGUUAUUAUUGGCAACUUCAAGAAAAACUUUAAUUCAAAUACGAAAAUCAUUUUAUUUUGCAAUUGAAAACUUAUGUUAGUGCAUUAUUCGUGUUAAAUAUUCCUAUAUAUGUGAUUUAGUUAGACAGUCUAGUACUUGUGAAAACAAAAAUGGCUAGUACGUCCAGUGAUCAAACUAUUAUUGCUCAAAAGACUUGGGAGAUGUCAAAUAAUGUUGAAACAAUUAACGCAGUUGAUGAAAUAUACAGAUAUGAUAGACAAGAACAACAAGAUAUAUUAGCUGCUAAACCAUGGGAAAAAGAUCCUCAUUUUUUCAAAGAUAUAAAAAUCUCAGCAUUAGCAUUGUUAAAAAUGGUAAUGCAUGCACGUUCUGGUGGAACGUUAGAAGUAAUGGGUCUUUUGCUUGGAAAGGUAGCAGCAAAUACAAUGAUUGUUAUGGAUUCUUUUGCAUUACCUGUUGAAGGGACAGAAACAAGAGUUAAUGCCCAAGCUCAGGCAUACGAAUACAUGACUGCAUAUAUAGAAGCUGCAAAACAGGUUGGGAGACAAGAGAAUGCUAUUGGUUGGUAUCACAGUCAUCCAGGAUAUGGAUGUUGGUUGUCAGGUAUCGAUGUCUCUACGCAAAUGCUUAACCAAAAUUUUCAAGAACCAUUUGUUGCUAUUGUAAUUGAUCCUGUACGAACUAUUUCUGCGGGUAAAGUUUGCUUAGGAGCAUUUAGAACUUAUCCAAAGGGAUAUAAACCAGCUAAUGAGGAACCAUCAGAAUAUCAAACAAUACCUUUAAAUAAAAUUGAAGAUUUUGGUGUUCAUUGUAAACAAUAUUAUUCUUUAGAAGUAUCAUAUUUUAAAUCGUUAUUAGAUAAACGAUUAUUGGAUUCUUUAUGGAAUAAAUAUUGGGUGAACACUCUUAGCUCUUCUAGUCUAUUGACAAAUGCAGAUUAUACUACAGGACAAAUAUCUGAUUUGUCUGAUAAAUUAGAACAAUCGGAAGUUGCACUUGGAAGAGGAUUUGUUUUAGGUGGAACAGAUCCACACGAUCGUAGUACAGUUGAAAAACUUAUCAAAGCAACACGUGAUAGUUCUAAAACUACGAUUGAAGUUAUACAUGGUUUAAUGGCACAAAUUAUUAAAGAUAAAUUAUUUAAUCAAGUUGGAACAAAUAUGACAGAUUCUCGUUAAACACCAUUCAAUUAUAUUAAUUCAUAAGUUAAUUUUUAAAUAAGCCAAACAAAUGUAUUUAUAAUAAAAGCAAUGUGUGUUAUAAUUAAUACUUGUUA